UUCCGGUCGGAAGCAGACCGGGAUGCCGCUGCGCUGCUCUCGGACCCCGGCAUGGUCCACACUCACGUCUCUGUACCGGAGACCGCAGCUCGUCCCCCGCGCUGCACGACCAUCCCCGCCCCGACACCGCUGCUGGAGCUCCCUGCGGACCACCGAGCCCCUUCCCUGGCCACUAUCAGCAAGGCCCGCCGCUACUUUACCUCUUUGGAGCAACUUUAGCUUCUCAAAAAUGUCCACGGAGAAGAGCUCGUCGUCCUCCGCGGCGAUGUCCCAGAGAAUGGUGUGGGUGGACCUGGAGAUGACCGGCCUGGACAUUGAAAAGGACCAAAUAAUUGAAAUGGCCUGUAUCAUCACAGACUCCGACCUGAACGUUGUUGCCGAGGGGCCCAACCUGAUCAUAAAGCAGCCGGACGAGCUGUUGGACGGAAUGUCAGACUGGUGCAAAGAACACCAUGGCAAGUCAGGGCUGACCGCCGCCGUCCGGAGCAGUAAGAUCUCGCUGGAGCAAGCGGAGUAUGAAUUCCUGUCCUUCGUCCGCCAGCACACGCCACCCGGACAGUGCCCCCUAGCAGGUAACUCUGUCCAUGCAGACAAGCGCUUCCUGGACAAGUACAUGCCCCAGUUCAUGUAUCACCUCCACUACAGGAUCAUCGACGUCAGCACCAUCAAGGAGCUCUGCAGGAGGUGGUUUCCAGAUGAGUACAAGGAGGCGCCACAGAAGAAAGCAUCACACAGAGCCCUGGGUGACAUUCGGGAGAGCAUCAAGGAGCUUCAGUUCUACAGAGUCAACGUUUUCAAAUCCAGCGCAGACGAGAAGAAACGCAAGAUUAUCGAGAACGGAGCCAAAACCGCAUUCUAACAAUCAAGUCCGACCAAGAGAGCUUUUAUUUUGUGUUCAAAUCGGUAUCUCAUGAGGCCUUGUGUUUUGUGUAUUCUUGUUUAGAAGUUUUAAGUUUAUAUUUCUUUAUCGGGAGCAAGAAAAAAGUAAAAAAAUAAUAAUAAUAAUAAAAUUUAAAAAAGGGAAUAUAUUUUUCAAAGAUAAAACAGUACUAAUUUUGCCAGUUUUGUAUUUAUUUCCAUGCCACUGACUUGAUGUUUCUUGCUUUUUCCUAGUUUUUAAAAAAUAAACUUUGAACUCCCAUGUGAAAAGUACAUCAGGUUUUCAUUAUUGUUUUUAUGAACACAUUUCUAAAGCCCCUUGUUUCUUUGUGAUAGGCAAAAAGAAGGUAGCAGUAAUUUUUUAAAGGUUCUGUAUUACAAAGAAUUGACUCUUGUGAGCUUUAAGUCAUGUUAAAAUCCUGUUACCGCUUCAAAAUGUCUCGAUGUUUCACAGUACGGCAUUAAACUUUCCUAAAAAUACACGGAAAAACAUGCAUUCUUACUGUGAGCAGACUCGCCGCUCCAUAGAUCUGCCCUGUAACUUUACAUGGUGGUAAAUAAGUUUAAUGCCGUACUGUGGAACAUUCCAGUCAAAGCAAUGACAUCUGAAUAGUCCACCAUCCACCUGAAAAGUUCAACAAUGCCCCUUUAAGAUGUGUUUGAAACUUUAUAAACAGUUAAGUAAAUUCAAUUAAAGCAUUUUGCCAGA